UGGCCGGGCAGCAGUGUGUGAGUGUCGGGCAGCAGGAGGAGCCCGCACCGCCUGGAGGACAGACGACGAGGCGAGCGAGCGAGAGAGAGAGAGCGAGCGAGAGAGCGAGGAAAAAAGAAGAGACAUUAAAUUGAAAGAAAGACGUUGCUUUGCUCGGAGGCCAAAAAAAAAAUCGCAACCCGAACGUUCGAAAGGCUGAAGUUUGCAAAUGGACAGACUGGGUGUCGACUAGGGACAAAAAGCCAGCGGAAGACGUCUGCAGGAGACAUUUUUAAGUAAAACGGGACGCCGAUGGCGACGUCUUUUGCGAUGUAUCUGUGGAACCGUUUCCGUAUCUCCGACUGCGUCUGUGCCGAGUGCCAUGGCCGGUGAUGAGCGCCAUGCUAAAGCAGCGCAGGAAUAACAAGGAGCACUCAGUUCACGCAGAGGGAAAACGCUGGAAGAAGUUGGUGGAAAAUCUUGUUUUUUGCCUCAAUUUUGAGCCCUGUUUUUUUUUAUUAUUUUGACCUAGAUACAUGUGCAAGGCGCCGGAGUGGCCUUUUUUUUUUGCUUUCGACACUUUCUGGCUGAAGCGCUCAUUUUUAGCCAAUCGCACGCUUUCUGAACAAUGUACCUAAUAGUCACGGACGGCGGGAUGCACAAGUACGCAAAGUGAGGAUGUAAGCAGCAGGAAGAUGGGAGGCUUAUGAAGAGACGGAGGAACCAGCAGAGCACGAUGGCCCAAACCAGUUUGCUGCAGGGGAAGCGCUUUUACUGCCGGGAGUGGGUCUUCCAUAAGAUCCAGCACUGCCUCCAGGAGAAAAGCGGCAACCUCAGCGGAGUGAGCAGCACCCCGGGUAAGCCGCAGCCUCCUCUCGGGCCCAGCGGCGCCCUGACAUCAGGCUCGGCUAAAAGCGGCAACUCAUGGGGAGUUUUACUGGUCGGCGGUCCCGGUAGCGGGAAAACGGCACUUUGCACGGAACUUCUGUGGCCCACGUCCGCACCGGGAGUCCAGCGAGGUCUGCACCAGCAGUGCCUGGCGUUCCACUUCUGCCGGGCGGACGACUCGGACACGCUCUGCGUCGCCGGUUUCAUACGCGGCCUGGUGGCGCAGAUUUGCCGUGGCGGACUGGUGCCGGGUUACGAGGAGAAGGUUCGUGACCCGGCCGUGCAGAGCGCCCUGCAGGCUGGAGAGUGCGAGAGGAACCCCACUGAGGCCUUCAAAAGAUGUGUGCUCUUGCCUCUACUGAGUGCCAAUCCACCGCCGCAGGCGCUCUUCCUGUUGGUGGACUCCAUCGACGAGGGCGGUCAGCUGGGCGAGGCGGAGCAGAGGUCGUCCUCCCCGGGCUCCCCAAGAACCAUCGCCGAGCUCCUCGCCAGCCAUCACGAGUUCCUGCCGCCGUGGCUCCUGCUCAUCUGCUCUGCACGGAGACAGAACAAGGCCAUUACCAAGCUUUUCACGGGGUUCCGAAAGAUCAGCCUGGAUGAUCUACGCAAGGCCUACAUCGUCAAGGAUGUUCAACAGUACAUCCUCCACCGCCUGGACCAGGAGGAGGCCCUGAGACAGCACCUCACCAAGGAGACUGCAGAGAUGCUGAACCAACUCCACAUCAAAAGCAGCGGAUGCUUCCUAUACCUGGAACGAGUACUGGACGGCGUGGUGGAGAACUUCAUCAUGUUGCGCGAGAUCCGCGACAUCCCCGGAACGCUCAACGGCCUCUACCUUUGGCUCUGCCAGAGACUCUUUGUCAGGAAACAGUUUGCCAAAGUCCAGCCCAUUCUCAACGUCAUCCUGGCAACUUGCAGGCCGCUCACGGUCAAGGAGCUCUACCACGCAGUUUGGACCAAGAACAUGACUCUGACUAUGGAAGAGUUCCAGAAAAAGAUGGACAUUCUGUCCAAGUUGUUGGUGGACGGUUUCGGGAAUACUAAAAUCCUCUUUCAUUACAGUUUUGCCGAGUGGCUCCUCGAUGUUAAGCACUGUACGCAAAAGUAUCUGUGCAACGCCGCCGAGGGACACAGGAUGUUGGCGAUGAGUUUCACCUGCCGAGCAAAGCAGCUUAAACCACAUCAAGUGCAGGAGUUUGCUCUUCACUUGGUCAAUUCCAGUCUCCAGAUGGAGCCGUCGAAUCUGGCUCUUUGGAUGGUCUGGAAUGGGACUCCCGCUAAAGACUCUUUGACCACUUCGAUACCGAAAGAGCAGGAGGUUUUGCAGCUUCUGGUGAAAGCCGGAGCCCACGUCAACAACGAAGAUGACCACGCCUCGUGUAUCGUGCAACAGGCGCUAGAACGAGAGGACUCAAUUCGGACGUUGCUGGAUAACGGGGCGUCGGUGAAUCAGUGCGACUCCAGCGGAAGAACGCUACUCUCGAACGCGGCCUACAGCGGAAACCUCGACGUCGUCAACUUGCUGAUCUCCAGAGGAGCAAACAUGGAGCUGGUGGACAACCACGGACAAACGGCGGUUACCCUUGCCGCGAGACAAGGUCACACCAAAGUGGUCAACUGUCUCAUUGGCUGCGAGGCCAACAUCAACCACACGGAUCACGACGGCUGGACGGCGCUCCGUUCGGCGGCUUGGGGAGGACAUUCAGAAGUCGUUUCGGCUCUACUUUACGCCGGCGCCAAAGUGGACUGCGCCGAUGCCGACGGCAGGACGGCUUUGAGAGCGGCCGCCUGGGGGGGUCACGAGGAUAUCGUGUUGAACCUCCUUCAGCACGGCGCCGAGGUCAACAAAGCCGACAAUGAGGGAAGAACCGCUCUCAUCGCCGCCGCGUACAUGGGACACAGAGAGAUAGUGGAGCAUCUCUUAGAUCAUGGCGCCGAAGUCAAUCAUGAAGAUGUGGACGGUCGGACCGCCCUUUCGGUGGCGGCGCUCUGCAUCCCCGCGAGUAAAGGCCACGCUUCUGUCGUGAGUCUUCUCAUCGACAGGGGGGCCGAGGUAGACCACUGCGACAAAGACUGCAUGACCCCGCUCCUCGUGGCCGGCUACGAAGGACACGUAGACGUGGUCGAUUUACUUCUGGAAGGUGGCGCCGAUGUGGAUCACACGGACAACAAUGGACGCACACCGCUCCUUGCAGCGGCGUCCAUGGGGCACGCGUCAGUUGUCAAUACGUUGCUGUUCUGGGGCGCCGCCGUCGACAGCAUCGACAGCGAGGGAAGGACGGUGCUGAGCAUCGCCUCGGCUCAGGGGAACGUGGAGGUGGUGAGGACUCUGCUGGACAGAGGUCUGGAUGAGAACCACAGAGACGACGCAGGCUGGACACCGCUGCACAUGGCGUCGUUUGAGGGCCACCGGCAAGUUUGCGAAGCGCUCAUCGAACAAGGCGCCCGUUGCGUGGAGGUCGAUAACGACGGCAGGAUACAGUUGAUAUUAGCCGCGCAAGAAGGACAUUACGACUGCGUUCAGAUUCUCCUGGACAACAAGUCGUGCAUCGACCAGCGAGGCUACGACGGGAGGAACUCUCUCAGGGUGGCUGCACUAGAAGGCCACAGGGACGUCGUCGAACUUCUGCUCAGCCACGGCGCAGACAUCGACUACAAAGACGCAGACGGACGCCCGACGUUGUACAUCUUGGCACUCGAAAACCAGCUAGCAAUGACAGAGUACUUCCUGGAAAACGGCGCCAACGUGGAAGCCUGUGACACCGAGGGGCGAACGGCCCUCCACGUUUCCUGCUGGCAGGGUCACGUGGAAAUGGUGAGGCUGCUGAUCAACUACCACGCCGACGUGAAUGCCAGCGACAACGAGAAACGUUCGGCGCUCCAGUCUGCCGCCUGGCAAGGCCACACCAAAGUUGUGCAGUUUUUGAUUGACAACGGGACACGCGUCGAUCACACGUGCAACCAAGGCGCAACCGCCUUGGGUAUCGCCGCCCAGGAGGGUCACAUCGACGUUGUGCAGAUACUCCUCGAAAACGGUGCCGACCCUAACCACGCCGACCAAUUCGGACGCACUGCAAUGAGAGUGGCGGCAAAAGGCGGCCAUUCUAUGAUUAUAAAACUCUUGGAAAAAUAUGGCGCCUCAACGCUUAACGGCGGCAAUCCGUCUCCGGUACACACCAUGGACGACAAAAUGUCUGUGACCGUUAAAAUGCAGUCCCUCACCAUCAAAUCAAGUAGUUCCGGCAGCACCGGCGCGGGAGAUCUGCAGUCAGCCGGACGCGGUCUCGCCAACGGACCCGUGCAUGCGUUCAGCUCCCCGUCUGAAUCCCCCGAUUCCACCGUCGAUCGACAGAAAUCGUCACUCUCAAAUAAUUCGCUCAAGAGCUCAAAGAACUCCUCCCUGAGAACCACGUCGUCUACAGCCACGGCUCAAACCGUACCCAUCGACAGCUUUCACGCUUUGACGUUUACGGAACAAAUCCAGCAGCACUCGCUGCCUCGAAGUCGCAGCAGGCAGUCCAUCGUCUCGCCUUCGUCCACAACGAAAUCAAUCGGGCCUCAGCAGCCGCCCUCGCCGUCCAAUGACUUUGACUGGUCUCUGUUGAAAUCCGGUCUCAAAUCCACAAAGGGAACUAAAAUCGGAAACGGAACGUCAAACAGCAAAGCCGCAGACAAGAAAAAAUCAAAUCAGGGUCCGGUUCUUGAGUACGAGAUGACGCAAUUUGACAAGCGAGUGGCCCUCAAUAAAUCAGUCGCCAACAUCGCGGCAAAGGAUCCUCAUUGCAAAGUCUUAAUCGGAGGAUCCAUCCAGCACCAGGAUCGGAGUCAAGUCCAAGACCAGCUCUUCAUCCAGCAGCAGAGCUGCGCUGAGAAGAGGCGUAACGGAAUCAUGACCAACCCGAAUUAUCACAUACAGGGUAAUCAGGUCUUCCUGGGUAGGGUCUCGGUCCCUCGCAGUAUCCAGAACAGGGACGUUCUGGAGAACUAUCCGGUCGGCGAAACAGAACUAAGCCUUAAACAAACCCUGAAACUGCAAAUUGAAGGAUCGGAUCCUGGGUUUAAUUACAAAAAGGAAACUCCGUUAUAGUCGGGAUAUCGGAGAGGGGGACUGGAUCGUAAGUCAAAAACCACCAUCUUGAAUCUAAUCAGACUCGAAUGAAGAAUGUCUACAUCUGGACCUGUCAGUCAAACGCUUCCUGUGUGCUGUCUCCAAUAUCUUGAACGCCGAUCGUCAUCACAAAACGGGGGCGGGUGGGGGGUGUGCCAAAGGAACUGUUUUCAUGUUCUCAAAAACAAAACAAAAACCUGAUACUCUGUGCCUACAUCUGUUACAGCCUUGUAGUCCUGCAAACGUAUGGUUCUAAUUUAAUAUAAUAUUUAAUUCAAAUGUAUGCACUUUGAUUUUUUAUUUACUUUGCAUCCCAUCCUUUAGUUUAUCAAGAGUGUGUGAGUGGUUAGCGCGCAGACCUCACAGCUAGGAGACCAGGGUUCAAUUCCACCCUGGAGUUUGCAUGUUCUCCCUGUACAUGCGUGGGUUUUUUCCGGGUACUCCGGUUUCCUCCCACAUUCCAAAAAAAACAUGCUAGGUUAAUUAGCGACUCCAAAUUGUCCAUAGGUAUGAAUGUGAGUGUGAAUGGUUGUUUGUCUAUAUGUGCCCUGUGAUUGGCUGGCUGGCGACCAGUCCAGGGUGUACCCCGCCUCUCGCCCGAAGACAGCUGGGAUAGGCUCCAGCACCCCCCUGCGACCCUCGUGAGGAAAAAGCGGUAGAAAAUGAAUGAAUGAAUGAGUUUUCCUCUAUUUUGUGUGGAAGUGGUAACUUUUUGGCUUCUUAUUUUGUCUUUCCCCACCCGCGGCCAUCUCUGUGUGGAGUUUGCAUGUUCUCCCCGUGCAUGCGUGGGUUUUCUCCGGUUUCCUCCCACAUUCCAAAAACAUGCUAGGUUAAUUAAUUAGCGACUCCAAAUUGGCCAUAGGUAUGAACGUGAGUGUGAAUGGUUGUUUGUCUAUAUGUGCCCUGUGAUUGGCUGGCCACCAGUCCAGGGUGUACCCCGCCUCUUGCCCGAAGACAGCUGGGAUAGGCUCCAGCACCGCCUGCGACCCUUGUGAGGAAAAGCGGUAGAAAAUGAAUGAAUGAAUGACGACUUUUUCCUCAAUUACUUACAAUUUUUUCUUGCGCGGUGAGCAAGUGGUUAGCGCACAGACCUCACAGCUAGGAGACCGGAGUUCAAUACCACCCUCGGCCAUCUCUGUGUGGAGUUUGCAUGUUCUCCCCCCUUGUGCAUGCGUGGGUUUUCUCCGGGUACUCCGGUUUCCUCCCACAUUCCAAAAAAAAAAACAUGCUAGGUUAAUUAGCAUUACUCCAAAUUGUCCAUAGGUAUGAAUGUGAGUGUGAAUGGUUGUUUGUCUAUAGCAGUAGAAAAUGAAUGAAUGAAUUCCCGAUUCCUGUGUGGCUACCAAAGUGCUAACUUCUACAGUCAAUUGGAAUUGAACCCUGGUCUCCUAGCUGUGAGGUCUUCCAAAAAAACAUGCUAGGUUAAUUAAUUAAUUGGUGUCUCCAAAUUGUCCAUAGGUAUGAAUGUGAGUGUGAAUGGUUGUUUGUCUAUAUGUGCCCUGUGAUUGGCUGGCGACCAGUCCAGGGUGUACCCCGCCUCUCGCCUGAAGACAGCUGGGAUAGGCUCCAGCACCCCCCGCGACCCUCGUGAGGAAAAGCAGUAGAAAAUGAAUGAAUGAAUGAAUGAGUGCGUUUGUUUUAUUCACACUGACAGCAAUGUACCCGCCGGGAGUACGUUGGCACCAAUCAGAGGACAUACGUUGCCCGUAAAUAGCUUGUUUUUUGUUGUUUUUUUUUUUUGCUUCUGUGUGAUAUGUUUCAUAGUCUCGCCGAUUUAGUCCAACAGUUUGAUAUGAGAGCAUAUUUAUUUUUGGAAAAAAAAGCCACUUUUUUUUGUUUGCGUUACGCUCGACCAUGGUGCUGUGUUCACAAGUCUUUGAGUGUUUAAGUGUUUGGUCACAAAAGAGAAAAAAAAUACAUUUUGUCCCCAUGGGAUUUUUUUUUAAAUUUUUUUAUGUGUUUAUAUUUUUGCUUUUGAUGCGUGCUUAAGAAUAUUUAAAUAUAUCCACUGUUUUUUUUUUUGUUUGUUUUUUUUGGUGCUAAAAGAUCAUGGCUUCUUGUUUGUGGUCACGUUUCACUCAGCGACAUCGACUGCUUAGACGGGAUUCAACCCCCCCACUACCUUGCUAAAAAGUCAAAUCCGUGGGUGUCGUUGUGAGAAGUUAGUCUUAAAACCAAAGUUGGAACAACCGCCCCCACCCCGCCCCCCUCCCCAUGGUCCCCGUGUGCUAAGCUGAAUGUCAGUCAAAACAGAACCAGAAGUCAAGACAUCUGGUUCUCGUCACAUUUGCAGUCAUAUUUUUUUUUUUUGCGUCACGCUAACACAGUGAGCUAGUUUCCGGGGAGGGGGGGGUUAGAAAGUACAGUCGGGCGAGCUCGGAGGAACGCCGUGAACACAUAGGCGGUCUUCUUCUUUAGCGUGUGCUCGGACUGUAAAUACGCUCACGAUGUCACGAUGCGUACAUUCUGACUUUCAUUUCAAAACAAUUCCUGUCUCAUAUGGAAAGGGAUUUUUCUGAUGUAUAUUAUAAUUAAAAAAAAUGCUUAAUAAACAUAUUUGCUUUACUGCUGGAAAACAAACUGAUGUCUCGUUUAUGUUUGUUAUAUAAUAGACACGGAUGGUAUGUAAACAAAGGGUACAUAUACGGUAGAAAUACUAAGUGCAGUACAUGUACGGUAAAUAUGCUGAAAAAGUUUAUUAAGUAUAUUUUGAGAAAAACACAUAUAGUUUAUUGCCAUAUUAUUUUAUAGAUUUUAUUCUCAUAAUGUAACUUUUCCCCAAGCAAAAUUGUCAAAAAAAAUGUUUUUUUUUCUCUCAAAACAACUUUUUUCUUUAAUAAUUCA